AUGCCAGACAAGGACGCCGGCGAGACAGAAUGGACAAUCUCAGGUCGCUAUACAGGGCGAAGUGAUAUCCCUCUGACUCCUCACGGAGAGAAACAAGUUUCUUCUUCUGCGGGUGUGAUGGUUGGCCCAGGCAAGAUCAUCGAUCCCUCCAGACUCGCCCACAUUUUCAUAAGUCCACGCACGAGGGCACGUCGCACAUACGAGAUUCUUUUUGAUGGAAAUACACGGGAGGCACUUGGAGCUAAGACGGAUAUCACUGAGGAUAUACGGGAAUGGGAAUAUGGUCUCUACGAGGGACUUCUCACUGCUCAGAUUCGAGCUGCUAGAAAAGAAAAGGGUUUGGAUGGUGAGAGACCUUGGAAUAUCUGGCUUGAUGGCUGUGAAGAGGGUGAGUCUGCGGCUGAGGUAUCGGAUCGGUUGGAUUCGGUUAUUGCGAAGAUUCGUGAGAUGCAGGCACCUUACAUGAGUGGGGAGAAGGGUGUGGAUGUUGUUCUGAUUGCACAUGGUCAUAUCUUGAGAGCCUUUGCGAAACGGUGGAUUGGGUUUGAGCUUGGGAGAGCACUACCCAUGAUGCUUGAACCUGGAGCUGUCGGGGUCUUGAGCUAUGAACAUCAUAAGGUUGACGAGCCAGCUUUCUUGUUGGGUGUGAAUAUGGGUGCUGGGGAAGAGUGA